GCAACAUACUUUUGCUCUCGCUUCGUUUUGCGAUAGAUAUUUUUCUCGGACUCGAUAUCCGAAACACGUUUUCGAUGGUCGCUGAAAAAGAAUGUUUUGUUCGUAGGUAAAUGCUCGGGAAUCGACUGGUCAAAUUGUCCAGAAGAGCACGUUCGGAUUCUUCGGUAAAAUAAAAACGAAAGCGAACUCUCAAACGUUCCUCGGAGACAACCGAUCGACGAACAGCGAUCCGUCAGGAUUUUUCGAUCGCCCAUACUACGGUAAUAAACGUGAAGCGAGCGUUGCACCUGUUGCGUCGCGAACGGCUUUGCUGGUAAUCCGGCGAGAUCGUUCGUUCGAAAACGGCUUAAGCGUCGCGUGGGAGUACAAAGGAGUGCCCGAUAACACUGGAGCAACGAGAGAGCAGCGGAAAACGCGGUGACGACAGGCGUUGCUUUCGCGGCACGUGAGAUCAAACGGAUACUUCGAUUCGCAACCGGAAAAGGUGUAAAACCGCGGCAGAAAGAAAAGAAUAGAGAGCGAGGGGACAGACAAGAUGAUGAUGGACGCGGCGAACGGAACGAAAACGGAAUCGUGCUUUCGGCUGGAAGAUCUGGAGGAUCCUCGAACGCCGUUUCUGCGACGAAUCAGCUACGGCAUUAUCCUGCCUGCCAUCUGUUGCUUGGGAAUCGUUGGGAAUAUUUUAAACUUGGUCGUCCUUACCAGACGCAACAUGCAAGGAACCGUUUACAUCUACAUGAGAGGUUACUCGGCAGCGGCGCUUCUCGCGAUUUUUUUCUGCAUCCCUUUCGCGCUGAGGGUUCUUAUUCACCAGGAAACAGGCCAAUGGAGUAAUUGGCCUCAAGCCUUUUACCAUGCUCAUCUCGAGCUUUUCCUCGGAAACGGUUGUUUAGGAGUCGGAGUGAUGAUGUUGCUGGCGUUAACCGUGGAGCGUUACGUUAGCGUUUGCCGGCCUGGUCAGCACACUCGUCCACUCUGCGGUCCUCCACAUUUAACGGUGGCCGUCAUUUCCUUGGCAACGUUUAUCGUUUAUCUGCCGAGCGCGUUCCGAGCGCAAAUUACGACCUGUCUCCUCGAACCUGGAGGCCCCGUCGUUUAUCAAAAGAGGGAAAACCAAUUGUACCUCGACUCGAUGUUUCAUCAAGUGUACAAAGUGGUGCUGGAGAUCAUUUUCAAAGUGGUGCCAGCGAUUCUAUUGGCUGGCUUCAAUCUCCGCAUCAUGGUAGCCUACAGAAGAUCUUGCGAGCGUCGCCGACGAACGACUCUAGCCAGGACUGCCAGCAACGGCGUGGACUCGAGGACGUUCGCGGAGGAACGGAGGCUGGUCCUGUUGUUGGGCAGCACUAACAUCUUAUUCGUCGUUUGCGUCAGUCCCAUGGUAAUUCUCAACAUCACCUUACGGGAGAGUAAUCUCAAUAAUUACGCUUAUCAGGUGUUCCGUGCAAUAGCAAACUUUUUGGAGGUAAUCAAUUAUUCCAUCACGUUCUAUAUCUACUGUUGGUUCUCGGAAGAUUUCCGAAACACGUUGAUUCGCACGUUGCAAUGGCCUUGGGGGAAGAGCAGCAAGGGAAGAAGAGGACUUCCAAUUAAACGUUCUCCUCUGCCUCAGGCAACCAUCACCACUGCAACAAUAACCGACGCGACUCCUGGACAUUUCACGCGUGCCAACUUUUAGUUUCCGGCAAACGCGUGAAAAAGGUUACAAGGCGCCAGAUUGAUCUCUGCCUUUUUAACUUUGCAGAGUUCAAAGAGAAACGUUCGCCUAGUCGUAGAUAGUUGGAAAACGAGUAGAGGUUUUUGUCCAAUUUCUUUCGCGGACGAUCGCAAAGGUUACUUCAGUGUGUAGCAUGAAUUUAUGUACUUCCUCCAGACACGUUUUACCGUAACACGAUAUCGAACAGAAGGCUAGACGCGGAACUACGAUUACGAUAUCUCCACAAAUAUUGACGCGUUUUAUGGAUCGGUCAGCAAUAUUUGGUCCUCGCGAUAUCGGGCAAACGUUCCUCACACGAAAACGUUCCAAGAGCUAUGUACGUGAUUUUCGGCGAGGUCCUCUUCGACGUUGUAAAUAUUCCUGUGUAACGCGUGGGAACUUUGUCGGUGAAUGCGAAAUCGCGAGGACAACGAAGAUGAUCGUAAUCCUGUUUCGCGGUGCUUUCGAGUUAACUUUCAUCGUUGCCGAAUUAGAAAUUAUCUGAAGAUGAAAGAUUCGAGAAUACUGCCUCGUUUUUCGAGAAUACUGCCUCGUUUUUCGAGAAUACUGCCUCCUUCCUAGCUGUGAAAAACACGUUGACAAAUAUGUACCGAAGCCGCGCCAGAGGAGAUCGUUUCGCGAUUUUCGACGCAAAACACGUUCGUUUCGAAAGAGCUACGACACACGAACGAAACAAACUCGCGGAAAAUUUUAGAACCGAUUUGAAGAAAUGUGAAGGACAAUAAGAUUUACAAUUAGUCGCACGCGCGCGAUUCUUAAUAUUCUUAAUAUUCUUAAUGCGAUGAAAAUUCUUGGAAUAUCGAACGAAUCUUUUAACUUUUAAACAUAGACGGAAUCUAUUGCGUCUCUAAUUCGAGCGACGAUUUAAUUUUUCACCGAUAUGAGUAUCGGGUAUUCGUCUAAAACUGCUCGCAUCUCGCAGAUCGGACGAAUGGUAGCCUUCACACCGACAAUCUUUCAUUAAAAUUCAUUUCGUGUAGAGCGAAAACGCGAACAGUAGAUGAUACGAAUUUGGCGAAAACCGCGAACUCGGUAAUCUCGAAUCUCGAGUUUCGUAUGGGCUUGGUACCUACACGUUAACCUUUUACGCUUUGACUGCCAACUUGGACGAGUUUAAGAGUUAAUUGAUAACGCGAAUUCAAUAAAUGUUUGUAUUAUUUAUGCUUCUUUAAAGGAGGUACAGUAUUACCUCGAAACAAGCAACACGCUUGGGACCGGCCAGUUGCUUAUUUCGAGGGUGGUAUGCUAUUCGGCUUGCCUUUGUUCCCGAGCGCGCCGACGGUAGCGGUAAACUAUAAAGUAAUCGGUCGAGCAGCGAUGUUAUUCUUUCGACGAGGACAGAACAUAACAUGCUUUCCCUUUUCAAUACUAGUAAAAAUUCGCGAAUGGAACAUGUACAUAAUACAUAUUGCCUCGAAACAGGCAACAGUUUCGAGCCUCGAAAUUAGCAACUGGCCGAUCCCGAGCGAGUUGCUUGUUACGAAUCAAUGUAGAAUCAAAUGAAUGGAUCACG